AUGGCCACGUCUAUACUCGGGGAAGAGCCACGCUUCGGAACGACCCCGUUGGCCAUGCUGGCGGCGACCUGCAACAAGAUCGGCAACACCAGCCCGCUGACUACGCUGCCCGAGUCCAGCGCCUUCGCCAAAGGCGGCUUCCACCCCUGGAAGCGCUCUUCGUCCAGCUGCAACCUCGGCUCCAGCCUCUCCGGCUUCGCUGUGGCCACGGGCGGCCGCGGCUCGAGCGGCCUGGCGGGUGGCUCGGGAGCCGCCAACAGCGCCUUCUGCCUGGCCUCCACGUCCCCCACGUCGUCCGCCUUCAGCAGCGACUACGGCGGCCUCUUCUCUAACUCGGCGGCGGCGGCGGCCGCGGCGGCCGGCGUGUCCCCGCAGGAGGCGGGCGGCCAGUCGGCCUUCAUCUCCAAGGUGCACACGACGGCUGCCGACGGCCUGUAUCCGCGCGUGGGCAUGGCGCACCCGUACGAGUCGUGGUACAAGUCGGGCUUCCACUCGACGCUGGCGGCUGGCGAGGUGACCAACGGCGCGGCGUCGUCGUGGUGGGACGUGCACAGCAGCCCCGGCUCCUGGCUGGAGGUGCAGAACCCCGCCGGGGGGCUGCAGAGCUCGCUGCACUCGGGCGCCCCCCAGGCCUCGCUGCACUCGCAGCUGGGCACCUACAACCCCGACUUCAGCUCGCUCACGCACUCGGCCUUCAGCUCCACCGGCCUCGGCUCCUCGGCCGCCGCCGCCUCGCACCUGCUCUCUACCAGCCAGCACCUCCUGGCCCAGGACGGCUUCAAGCCGGUGCUGCCCUCCUACUCGGACUCCAGCGCCGCGGUGGCCGCGGCCGCCGCCAGCGCCAUGAUCUCGGGUGCCGCGGCCGCCGCCGCCGGGGGCAGCUCCGCGCGCUCCGCCCGCCGCUACUCUGGCCGUGCCACCUGCGACUGCCCCAACUGCCAGGAGGCCGAGCGGCUGGGUCCGGCUGGGGCGAGCCUGCGACGCAAGGGGCUGCACAGCUGCCACAUCCCGGGCUGCGGCAAGGUGUAUGGCAAGACGUCGCACCUGAAGGCGCACCUGCGCUGGCACACGGGCGAGCGGCCCUUCGUGUGCAACUGGCUCUUCUGCGGCAAGCGCUUCACGCGCUCGGACGAGCUGCAGCGGCACCUGCGGACUCAUACGGGCGAGAAACGCUUCGCCUGCCCGGUGUGCAACAAGCGCUUCAUGCGCAGCGACCACCUGAGCAAACACAUUAAGACGCACAACGGGGGCGGCGGGGGCAAAAAGGGCAGCGACAGUGACACGGACGCCAGCAACCUGGAGACGCCCCGCUCCGAGUCCCCAGACCUCAUUCUGCACGACUCCGGCGUCAGUGCAGCCCGGGCGGCUGCAGCGGCUGCAGCGGCGGCGGCAGCAGCGGCGGCGGCGGCGGCGGCCUCGGCGGGAGGCAAAGAAGCUGCGACCGGUCCCAACGACUCCUAG